CCUGCGGCGCCGCCCCUCCCGCCGCAGGCCUCGGGCCGGGGCUCCGUUCCGGGCUCGGGCCGUUGCAGCGGUCGCGACACGUGGCGCGGCGGGGCGGCCCCGCGGGCGGCAUGGCCGCGGCGGCCGAGGCGGCGGGCGGCGGCGGGGGCAGCAGCAGCAGCAGCAGCAGCCGCCACGAGAAGAGCCUGGGGCUGCUGACCACCAAGUUCGUGUCGCUGCUGCAGGAGGCCAAGGACGGCGUGCUGGACCUCAAAGCGGCUGCUGAUACCCUUGCUGUGAGGCAGAAGAGAAGGAUCUAUGAUAUCACCAAUGUUUUGGAGGGGAUUGAUCUCAUUGAGAAGAAGUCAAAAAACAGCAUUCAGUGGAAAGGAGUAGGUGCUGGUUGCAAUACAAAAGAAGUCAUAGACAGGCUGAGGUACCUGGAAGCUGAAAUUGAAGAUCUAGAGCUUAAAGAAAAAGAAUUGGAUCAGCAGAAACUGUGGCUUCAGCAAAGUAUCAAGAAUGUCAUGGAUGAUUCUACAAACCACCAAUUUUCAUAUGUCACCCAUGAAGAUAUCUGCAACUGCUUCAAUGGAGACACACUUCUAGCAAUUCAAGCACCUUGUGGUACACAGUUAGAAGUACCUAUACCCGAAAUGGGACAGAAUGGACAGAAGAAAUACCAGAUCAAUCUUAAAAGUAGUUCAGGACCUAUCCAUGUGCUGCUUAUAAAUAAAGAAUCAAGCUCCUCCAAGCCCAUGGUGUUUCCAGUUCCUCCGCCCGAUGACCUUGCACAGCCCCCAUCUCAGCCUGCAGCUCCAGCGACUCCCCUUAAACCUGCUACAGCUCCUCAAAAUCCACCAGAACAACAUGAUCUGAACCAAGGACAAGAGUUACCGCAAACAUCAGUUGCGGACACGCCAUCAGGUGGUGUGCAGCAGAACAGUACAACCCCAGCAGCUCCUUACUCCAGCCUUCCAGAGUCGGUGUUGUACCCCAGCCUUACAGGAGAUGUCACCCAAGCUACAGCUAGCUCAAAUGACUACCAGGGUUUGCUGCCCCUGGAUGUUAACUGUAUUCUCAAGCCAAACUCAUUCGACAUAGCAAAGAUGGAAGAGCCCACAGGAAAUAUCAGUGGGGAUAUCAUUGAUGAACUCAUGUCUUCUGACGUUUUUCCUCUCUUACGACUCUCUCCUACUCCCGGAGAUGACUACAACUUUAACCUGGAUGAUAAUGAAGGAGUCUGUGAUCUCUUUGAUGUGCAGAUACUAAAUUAUUAGAUAUUGUGUCAACCAGACUACUUAUCUACCUCUAACUAUAACAUUCUAGACUUCUUCAUAACCUAAGUAUUUGAAUAAUGAAUGUAUAACUUCUUAGUUCACUGACUCUGGGAGUAUAUUUCCUUUUGCUUCCUUUAACUACUUCACAAAACAAAUUCAACAACUAGAAAAAAGGGCUUUUAUCAAAAAUUCUGGCAAGUUUUUUCACCUGAGUGCCCUCUGUGUAAUCCAGUUAUUUGGAAUUUUCUUUACUAAGAAAAGUGAAAAUGCUUUAUAGCCUUUUGAUCAUUUUUUUAAAAAUGAUUAGGCUUCUUGCUCACAGUUAACAGCAUUUUCUUUGAAGCUUUACUGCCAAGAAGCUUUCUAUAUUUUUUUUUAACCUUUCCAUCAAUUUUGAAGCUUUCACUGCCAAGCUGAAAAGUGAAGGAUAUCAACUUGAGUUAUGCUAAAUUGUUUCAGUGAACCAAUUUUGUGAAGUGCCUUCUGUUUUAGCACUUUAAGUUUCUCACACUGACUUCUGACAUUCCACUUUCCUAGAUGAUAGGAAAGGUCUGUUUGUAGUUUGUAUUAAAGUGUGCCAAUACUUGUAUAUUAACAAGAUUUUUUUUUAAUAAAAUUGUACAAACAAA